AUGGCUCUAGCUGUUGCUAUGGGGAAGUCAUUCUUCAGACAACCUGGUUGUGUAAUGGACGGUGUAGUUGCGGUUAUAGCUCUGAUUCUCCAGGUGUUUCUUGACAGGAAAGGGACCGGCUUCAUCGUGGUGGUUAGCUUGUGGCGGGUUUUGAGGGUUGUGGAGACUGCGUUUGAGCUUAGUGAUGAAGCCAUUCAAGUGCAGAUAGAUAUAAUCAUCAGCCAGUUUCAAGCUCUUAGUAAAGAGAAUAGAUCAUUACUAGAGAGUCUUGCAGAGAAAGACGAAGUAAUCAAGAAGCUACAUGAAGAGCUAAAUCGAUUAAAAGAAAAUGUUGAUAUACUAUUUGUAACAAGCCAUAGGGAGGCUAUAUAA